AUGAGCGAUAGACGAAGAAUAACGGGUCCGGUAAAUACACUGACUCCAAAUAUCCCUGCUGCCCUCAACCUCCCAUCAUCAACCACCAGUAACAACAACACCAGCGGCACCAGCAGUACCAGUUCCACCAGCGGCGCCACUACUUCAUCUAAUCAAGUACCUCCAUUCUUUCUCAAACACGGGCUAAUCACAAACUCCAAUGGCUCAGCGUACUUGGAAAUAGACAACACGACAAUCAUCCAAGUAUCAGUAUUUGGACCACGACCAAUCCGAGGUUCAUUCAUUGACAAGGCCAGUGUCAGUGUCGAAACGAAAUUUCUUCUGCACGUAUCGCAACCGCAAUCAGAUAUAUUCAACAAUAACAGUAGCAAUAGCUCUUCCAACAAUAAUAGAGAUACGCCACAAGCAUCAUCGGGGUACAGGACGGGGAUGACGCCCAUUGAACAUCGAUUGAGCUCGUAUUUGGAGUCAUGCAUAUUACCCAGCAUAAUCCUUUCAAAAUACCCCAAAUCAACUAUUGAUUUACAAGUUAGUGUCAUUUCCACUGACCCGAAAUGCCAGGGAGUUUCAGGAAUGUUGUGGCUUAUGCAGUGGAUUGUCGUUGCUAGUAGUUUAGCCAUCAUUGAUGCCGGAAUUGAGAUUCGUGAUGUUGUUUCUAGCGGUGUUGUUAAAUUGAUGGCCAAUGGAGAUGUUCGUAUAGGACAAGAUUUAGACCGCCACCAGCAAGAAGAGAAACUACAUGAUACAGAUGCGGGUGAAGAUGGGGUUUAUGCCUUGGUUAGUUUUAUGAAUUUGAAGAAUGAUGAGAUUGUAGGCUGUUGGUUUGAACGUGAUGGUAAUGGUGAUGAUGAGAAAUUACAAUUAUCAGAAAUAGAAAUGGAAAAGUUGAUUGAUGAAUGCAGCAAAAUGUCAAAAUUGAUUAGAGCCAAUUUGAAUUCAUAUUUAUUGAAAUCUUUCAAUUGA